GUAUUUCCGCUUGCUGAAAAAUCUGCGCAUCACAUCACGACAGAAGCAUGGCACUUAGGUUGAGAGGAGUUUCUGCAGUUUUCAGUCAAGUGCGAUUCAUGUCAGGCCAGUGGGGAGAAGGUGCAGGCAAGGGAGGUGGUUCUGGAGGCUCCAUUAGGGAAGCUGGAGGCUCUUUUGGGAAGAUGGAGGCUGCCAGAGAGGAGGAGUACUUCAGGAAACUGCAAAGCAAGCAGUUGGAAAAAUUAAAAGACAGUAUACAUGAUGAAAUAGAUUUCCAUACCAAGCAGAUCAAGAUGCAUCAGGAUGCCAUUAGCCGUCAUAAGAGGAAGAUCGGGAAACUGGAGGACCAAGAAAACGACUCGGACUGAUAAUAGUGCUGUUAGGAUUAUCUGGUGUGGAAAUUAUUAUUAUCGCAAAGAGUGCUUAUAUUAUCAUGCUGUUAUCACAGAACCUCCCGUAGCAAAGUCUGAUGUUCAGAUAUUUCUGAAAACAAAAAACGAUAAUAUGUUAGAUUAGGGAAUGGUCUCAUAUCCAGUUAUCCUAAUUAAAACAUAAGUUUGUGUUAUUGA